CGUUCAGCCUAGGCUUCAGGUAAAGCGCACGCAAGAAACUUCCCCCGGCACGAGAGAAUGAUCCAGAAAGGUCUCCAGACGGUGAUAGUGAAACCAGCGAUUUCGAGAGAUACGUCAUUGCGCAGGAGAACGAGGAAACAUUUUGCCCUGUCAUAUUUAGCUACGGAUUGAACUCGAUUAUCCAACAGCACAUUGUGACGAAUACUGCCUUUUUGGAGUGAAAGAACUAGAUAGCAAGAGAUACCCGGAGACUGCUUUCUAAACAGCAAAUUAUUCAGUUUUGCAUCCAAAAUGAAACCAGCAACAGCAAAGUGGUUUGACAGAAGGGACUCAGUGUUCAUUGAGUUCCUGGUAGAAGACAGCAAAGAUCUUAAAGUAAAGUUUGAAAAAUCAAAACUUGAUUUUCGUUGUGUUGGCGGGAUUGAAAACCUCAAACACCAAAAUGAAUUGGACCUUUUCGACUCAAUUGACCCCAAUGAGUCCAAGCACAAACGUACAGACAGGUCUGUGUUGUGUUGUCUAAAGAAAGCAAAGGCGGGUAUUGCAUGGCCACGGUUAACAAAGGACAAGGCAAAGUUUCAAUGGCUGGGUGUCGACUUCAACAACUGGAAAGACUGGGAAGAUGAUUCUGAUGAGGAUCUGUCCAGUUUCGACAAAUUCUCAGAGAUGAUGAACACGAUGGGAGGAGAAGACGGUAUGCCAGAUCUGGGCAUGGGUGGUAUAGAAGGUCUAAAAGAGCAUGACAGUGAUGAUGAAAAGAUGCCAGACUUGGAGUAAUGGGAGCAUUAAAGGAUGCUUUGUAACCGAUGACAACAAGGAAGUAAAGCCUCCAAAGGUCGGUUGAAGAGGAAAAUUAGAGAUGAGUUAUUGGUAGCCGUAUUUGAAAGGAGGAAACGUCACCAGUUUUCCAAACACAUCACAGGAAACUCGCUGACGAAAGACUGUCGUAACAUAACACCAGAGCAUUCUUUAGCCACUGUCCUAGUGUGGUGCUGUUCUAAUUCUGCAUGGAAAAUUCAGUUGUUUCCAUGUGUUGUUGUGGGGUUUAGUUCUAUCAUCCUUUAACUUAACCAGGGGCCACAUUGUGGAACAUUCAGAUUGAAAUACGUAAUGUAGAUCACACACGCCUCUGACAUGUAGAGUUAUGGAAUCAUGUCGGUUCUAUUCAUGCUAUUUCUAUCUGCAACGUUUGACAAUGUUUGCCUGCUGAAUGUGGCCCUGCUCUGAUUGGAUAAUAUCUUAGUUACACCCCACCUCUCCCUUUUUUAUUUAAUAAUGUCUGUGAGGUUACGUAUUAAAUUUAGACAUAUUUGUGAAUUGUAAAUUAGGGGGGAAAAACAGGUUUCAAAACAACCGCCUAUUUUCAAUAAAGUAGUUUCUUUUUUAAAUUAAAAAUGCCCCAUUUUAUUGUUCAUACUGUUAAUUUUGUUUGUUUAAUUUUUGUUAUGUAUCUAUAGUUUUAACUCCAAGCAAAUAUUUUCCCAGUGUCCAUUAAUGUGCAAAUAUUACAGGUAAUAGUUCAUUCAUUGAUUUUAAAUAUUGAGGUAUUUAAAUGAAUAUGCAUGUUAACCUUAUUUUACAGUAUAACUUAAGUUGUAUGUUAUAAUGAUACAACCUUUCCGUGCAAUCUCAUUUUGCGAGGAUGUUUUUUCUUUAGUAUAUAUCAAUGUAAAUACCUAACAAUUUCAAAGGAUAUACCGGUAGUUUAUUUCAACAUUUUGGACAUUUUGUAUCAAACAAAAGUGUUGGAGCAGAUGUCAAAAAUAUUAUUUAUUCUGUUUUCAAAAGGGUGCAGAAACAUAACAAAAACAACUUGUCAAUAAAUUACCUAAUUUAAUUUGCAAGUGUUAAAGCAAAUGCACUACUAUGUUUCGGCAACUUUUUUUUAUUUUUAUUUUUUGCAGAUCAGAUUAAAUAAAUUUCAGUUUGUUAAAUGCAGUGGGAAUUUUUGUUUCCGUAUUUCUAAUAAACUGUCUGAGACUAAGUUGA